GCAUGUACGGGAGGCGCGAGGAAUGACGGAGGAUCUGACAACAACUUCCCUGAAAUAGAAUGCACGCGCUGCCGCGCCAGCUGGCAGCACACGUGCACAAGGAACAGUAAAAUGCCAGAGGACGGAGAGCAAACUGCCUUAAGACACAACGCGCGCGCUGUCACGCCAUGUGGCGGAGCUAUGGCAAGAAGAUCGAAGAGAGCCGUGAUGUUUCAAUAUGAUACAAACAUUCGGCUCUGAAUAGCCAACCCUCGCUCGCGAACCUAAUGACACGCAUGGCUUUGCAGCGUUAGAGCCGACCAUCGCAUGCGAACGAAAGCCAACUCCAUUGGGAAUUGAUCCAACGCCCUGCUUGAUACCACCAGGGAGGGCCCUGGGAGGGAAACUGCAUCACCUCUACUGAAACCAGAAAGUCUGCGCAUCACGCUCGCAUCUAGUGCUGACUCCACCGCCUCGCGAACCCCGCUCGCCACCUAUUCUAGUUCGGCGGCGGGAUCGGAGGCGGCGAGUACCCCGAGGGGGCUUGCCCACUGCAGCUCAAAGUUUAGGCUCGCAAAAUAGUACCGCACUUCCGCAUGAAAAAUGCUGCUGCCCUGGGCUGCAGAAAAGCCACACAACUACUUCAGCAGUGAGUUCCGAUUCGAGGUCUUCACACGAAACGGUGCUCAGUCAAACAACUCGGCAUUGGCGCGGCCACUGCUCAAGCUACCGGUUGGAGAUCGCAUCGGAAAAGACAAUGGAGACAGCCCAUGCCACCUCUGGGAGACCGACCCUGCUCCGUAGCUGCUGGCAACGCUUCGAAGCCAGUGCUACUAGAAUGCGGUAAGCCCCUACGAGAAACAAGCCCAACCACCAGUAGCCGAAACGAGCAGGCCCUUCCGCAAAGGCAAGCAUCACAACGUCGGGCACGACGAAGUUCAAACAUCGGAUCCGUAGCCCGACUUGACCGCAGGCACCAGGAUGCCUAAAGCGGCUCAGCCACGAGUCGAGCGGGGCGCGGAGCGCGCCUGCGUCCGCCAGGCGUCGGCGUGGGAAGGUCAGGGAGGGGGCCACUCGCGCAGGCCAGCCCACUCACGAAAGACGCAGCCCAUUCAGGGAGGAGGCGGCCACAAAAACGAACCAAAGGCCAGACCGAGUCAGACCGCGUCGCGUACCUGCCGCAGGCACAGCUCUAGUGGUCAGAAAACUCGAGCUGGCUGCUUGCAGCCAGCCCAGCGCCGAGACAGCCCGCACACCAAGAAGUACGGGAGACUCAUCAGGGGGGGCAGAGAAGGACAAGGAUAAAGGAGGGAAGAGAGGAGCGAGGGCGGGAGGAGGGGACGGGGAGGCGAGGCACAGGAAGCAAGGGCACAGGGGAGUUGGAGAGGCAUGAGCCAGACUGGAACAAAAACCGUGUACAAACGGGCGCUGGCCGAGCCCCGCUCCUAAGGGACCGGGCGCUCGGGAAGACAUCGGCCGACCUCGAGCGCCGAUGGCCGGCGCGUGCCCGGGCCGAUGCUCCGAGAACCGCAGGGGGCGGAACACGCUCGCGGCACCACGUCUCAAAGCCCAGCUGGUUGCACGGGUGGCAGCAGUGCUGCACGCGAGCGAGCCCCGGAGCCGCCGCCUGCGCGGCCGGCGUGUCACCGCGGCAGGGAGAAUGCGGCCGUGGACAUCUGGGCGCGCGCGGUCGCCUUGAGAGCCGCCAGCUGCCUGAUUCGCUCCUUCUUCCGCUUCUUGCGCUCGUUCUCGUUGCAGAGGUGGCACCUGGAUAGUUGCAUAGCUCCCCGCGGCGACAGCCGUCCACCUUGCAAUGGAAAGAGGAGGAGCAGCACCAGAAGCAGCAGCAGGAGGACGACGGAAACAGAGAUGCGCCCCAGGGCGGCAGCCGUCCAUCUUCCAGGAGCAGGAACAGGAGCAGCAGCAGCAAUUCAUGAUCCGCACAGCUUCGAGUUUCACACCACCGCGCCGCCGUCUUGUAGAAGAUCACACCCGCAGCCCAUAUUGCGAACCGCGCGACUGGCCAAGCUCGCGAAAUCUCU